GAUAAGAUCCGGAGCGGGGAGUGCACCGCUGCUGCAGGCUGCGGGCACAGGGCACGCUGCCGCCACGGUAAUCGGUGGUCGCGGCCAAAGUCUCGAAGACAAAGAUGGCCGACGUGCGAUGGAUUGUCGUCGUCUGCUCGGUGUGGCUCCUUACUGCCGGCUGGGCACAGGAAUUACGGACCGGAGGUCGAUCCUCGGACGAUGACCUGAUGGCCAUUGAGGACCGGCUAGUGUACCCGCAGCGACCGUCCGACUACCAGACGUUCCGUAAAGAGCUCAUGUACCCAUACGACCGGAACGACCUGCAGCCCAUCGACACGAGCAAGCUGGAGAGCGAGAUCUCUCUGCAGGCCAGGCUACCUUUCUUCGGAUUCCACUACAAGUACAUCAAGGUGCACCUGAAUGGCUACCUGCACUUCAGCGGCGCACCGGCGACGUUCAGGUUUCCCGUGCGCUUCCCGAUGCGGCCGGAGGACACGAUACGGGAGAAGGACCCGGCCCUGAUCGCACCGUGGCUCAGCUACCAGAGCAUGGUCGAACAGAUACCCGAGUCCGGUGUCUACUUCCGCCUGUUUCGCAUCGGCGAGCACUACGACCGAGACCCCGAGCAGUGGUUGGAGCGUCGUGCUAUCGAAGACUUCCGCGAGGGCAUGAUCGGGGCGGCCGACUUCAGGCCCACGUUCGUCGCCAUCGCCACAUGGAGGAACGUCACGCUAACCGGCAUGCAGAGCAAGAACAACGUCAAGACCAACACGUACCAGGUGGUCCUGGCGAGUGACGAGCGUCGCACGUACGUGAUGUUCAACUACGAGAAGAUCGACUGGAUCGCCGUUAACGACGUCAACAACGGCGAGAACGGCGAGAACCCGUUCGUGGGUUUCAACGCGGGCAAUACGACGCGGUACUACGAGUUCAUCCCGUACUCCCAAGAGCCCCGGGUCAAGAACCUGCCGCAGCAUGGCGAAGGCAACGGCAUCAAGGGACGCUACAUAUUUGAAAUUGAAGAGGAGAUCUGGCACGGAUCGUGCAUCAAAUGGGAACUGGUGCCUCACUUGAUCACGAGCCGACCGCGGUUGACCUUCUUUCCUAAGUACGCGUCUAUGUUGGGCGGAGCUCUGAUCAACGUGACGGGUCCGUGUUUCGACCCCAACGAGAAGAUCGAGUGCCAGUUCCAGGACAUGUCGGGCCACCGGCUGCCGGCAAUCUACCGCGACACCAACCACGCCACGUGCCUCAUGCCACCAGUGUUCUUCCACGGAUACGUCGAUCUGACCGUGUCCCAGGGAAGCAGGGACGCCAUGUUCUACGGGCGGUUCUACGUCCAACCUCCAGAACUUGCGGCCGAAGACAUCGAGAUCCUGGACGACAACGACAAAGCUGAAAGGCCCGAGCGGAUGCGCAUCAAAUGGAACCCGAACAAACUCGUAAACAACAACAACACCAAUGUCCAGCUGCACCUCUGGGGUUACAACGACGACCUGGAGUACCCGCAGCUGACGUACAUCGACACAUUGGCGAGCGGAAUGCGUAACGGAGAGAUGCGCUACACGCUGAACAUGGAGAUGUACCGCGAGCGCUACAACUGGGACAAGCUGCACUUCAAGUUCGGCUUCCUUAGCAUCAACCUCACCGAUGGCAGCGCCAUCGCCAAGGACUACAAGUCGUCACCGACCAUCUGGAGCCGGCCGAUGCCGCUGGCCUGGUACUUCGCGCAUCAGUGGGACCGUGCAUACGGCUCCAACUGGAAGGACCGCUUCUGCAACGAGUGGUUCGAGCGCGAAAGCAACUCGGACCGGUUCGCGCUGACGCUGUGGCGGUGUCCGUGCACCAUGAAGCAGUCGGACUUCGACCGGGGCCGCUUCGCGCCCGACACCAGCUGCAACACGUACACCAAGAAGUGCGACCCUCUGCACAAGGGUGCCCAGCACUGCGUGAGAACCGGAAGGCCCUCAGUGGGCGGCUCCGGACAAACCUGCUGCUACGACAUGGAGGGCGAGCUGAUGCUCACAGCUGACACCAUGUACGGAGGACGACCAUCGCGAAUUUUCAGCUAUGGCAUCCUGCCCUUCAACAGUCGCAUGAAGGUGCCGACGCUGUCCAACUGGAACAUCGACUCGAUGCCCUUCUUCUACUGCUGCCACUGGCAGCACACAAAGGACGACUCGACUUCGUGCCAACAGUACAAGUACUGGCGCACGUCCCAGGACUGCACCGCCUACCAGCCUCCGGGAUACGCUGCCGUGUUCGGGGACCCGCAUUUCCUGACCUUUGACCGCGCCAACUACACCUUCACGGCUCGCGGUGAGUUCGUGCUGGUGCGGGUCAACGACCCUAAGGGCAAGCUCGAGAUCCAAGGCCGCUUCGAGAGCGUGCGCCGGGCAUUGCUCACGGAUCGCAUGGUAAACGGUACUUUCCUGAGUGCCGUUGCCGUUCGGGACAAUGUCUCCUCGACGGUGGAAAUUCACCUGCGACCCCUGGCGGCGAGAUUUAUCUACCAGCUUUACCUGGUCGUCGACAACGAGUUCAUCUACUUUUGGGACGACACUAUGCGCAUCCAGCACUUCAAGGGUGUGACAAUCUACCAGCCAACUGGCUACUACAACAUGUCCAAGAUUGUGUGCAUGUUUGACUCUGGAGCUGGAGUAGAAGUCUUGGUGAAGGAUGAACAACUGUCUAUGAAUGUCUUCCUACCUGUGGAGUUUGUUAAUAUAACAAAAGGGUUACUAGGAUUCUGGGACAAGAAAAAAGAAAAUGAUUUCAUGCCUCCACAUGGAAAUGCUUUCGUACCAAUCACAGCAAGUUUAGAACAAAUCUACCACCAAUUUGGCAAUUUAUGGAGGUUAAAUGAAUCAAACUCUCUGUUCAACCAUGAUUUGAUGGGAUACAAAUUUGGCCACUAUGACGACCAGUCAUUCCUACCCUACCUCGAAGAUCCCCCACGAAUACCACAGAAUUUCACGUACCGGCCACAGGAUGUUCAAGAUACAUGCUCGGGGUCAAAAGCCUGCAUAUAUGACUUCAUAGUAACGGGAGACAAGAGAUAUGCGGCCACGACAAAAUCGAAUGAGGCUGCAGUUUAUGCUGCAGCUAACGAAGUCCGUGAACAAGUUAUCCGCUGCCCUGCCAUUGACAAGCCUGCCAACGGCCGCAAAAGCGAGAUUCGAAACUUUGUGGGACGAACAGUGCGAUUCACGUGCAAUGAAGGAUACCGUCUAGUUGGGCAUGAGGUGCGGCAGUGUAAAGAGUACGGUCUGUGGUCCUGGGGUGUCGAUGUCACCUGUAUCAGCAAUGCCAGCUAUGCACGUAAGAUAGCUGGCGUGACCCUCGGCAUCCUGCUGCCGAUAGCACUCAUCUUCUGCAUUGUCUUCUUCUGCUUCUUCAAGCGCAACCGACACAAAAACAGCCACUACACGGGCUCCAAUGGAGAUUUUAGUAAAUUCCCAGAGCGCAGGGCAAAGACAUAUCAUGGGCCAGCACCAGAGAAAGUCAGCGAGACGACAACCUGAGCUAUACGAAAGCAUCGCCACUCGAGGAGCCGAGAAGAAGGAGAAACAGCAUUUUGUACAUAAGCACCCUCUCAUUUCCAGGGCUGAUAGAUAACACUUCAUGAACCAUGCACCUGUGUCAACGACGAAGACGUGAUGACAU